GCCACUUCUUCCACUGCCACUCGCCGUGCUUACUUCUGUAUCGUGCUACAACUGAAACCGAAGGAAGGCUACUUUGAUCUCAGCUCCAUCUUGCAGUAAAGGUCUACGCCAACAUGUCUGACAAACCCGACAUCGCUGAAAUCACAACCUUUGACAAGACCAAGCUGAAGAAGACCGAGACCCAAGAGAAGAACCCACUGCCAACCAAAGAAACCAUCGAGCAGGAGAAGGCGUCGUAAAGUCUGACCUAAUGUGCUGUACAUUCCACAAGCCCUUCAACUGAAGUCCACCUGCAAUGGCUGGCCAAAUGCCACCCCAUCACUUUGCUACAAUCACGUUUUUGUCACAGUGAAGAGAAGCUUGUUCACAUGGGUCCACGGUCUUGUUUUUUUUUUUUUUUUUUGUGGAGGCAUCUUUUGGGGAUGGAAGAGUGGAACCACACUUCAAGAUGUGGAACGCCUGGAUAUCCUCUCUCAGAAUGUUUUUUUUGUAAAUCUGGAAUACACUUUUGUUAAAUAUGCAAAAUAAAAGUAUAAAGGGUCA